AUGGAAGCGCUGGAUACUCAAGUGGCAAGGCUUGAAAAGAGCUUCCAGGAGGAAGACUAUAAUCGCGACUGGAGUCGCGACAUCCGCGCUGCUCCCGAGUGUGUUUGGAUCUUGGCAGAGUGCCUUCUGAUCACCUCCAAGUCUGAUGGCUUGGCGAUCGAACUUAAGGGACAAGGCUUAGAGUACGACUACCUCUCUGCGAACGUUAGGCAUUGUGAACAGGUGGGCAAAGAUACCCUAAAAGACACGGACGAAGACAUGAAGAGAGUGGCAGUGCUAGCGAGCGAGCUGGGCAGAGAGAAUGGCGUGAUCGAGUUAAUCCUUCGAUUUUGCCAGCCAAAUCAAAGCGCGGCUCAUGACAGACUUCUCAAGCGACUUUUGACCAAAGGACAGAAAAUGGUGAAAGAAUCUGUAGACAAGAUCACGUCGGUGAGAGAGAGGUUUAGAGCGUGGGUAAAGCUCACCGUCAAUAUAUUGCGAGCAUUGGAAGACAAAGAAAAGAAGAAACAGGCAGAAGCGAAUAAAACGAAGAUCGAACUGAACACUGAGGAGAAUAUUAAAGAGGGAAAAUGCAGCCAGGAACACAAGGAACGGCUCCAAGAUGCCAAAAACUUUAAAAAGUGGUAUGACAGCCACUUUGGAAAAAUGGUCAGCGCCGCUACUAUGGCCGAAAGCUUGGCCACAGCGGUGGCCAUGCCAGUCCUGGGUGUUCCUCUUGUCAUUGGCACAGGAUGUGCCUGGAUUCACUACCUUAUGUUGAAGGACGAGAUCGAGAAAGGAGAGCAAGCUGAGAAAGCUCGACAAGCCGAGAUUCGGAGGCUGGAGGAGGAGACAGCGGAGCUGAAAAAUGCUCUAAAGGAACUGGCGAAUGAGACAAGCUCAAUAUCGACGAUCAAGGGAAUCGUGUCCAAGUCUAUCUACCGGUUGCAUAUGCUACAACAGCACAUCGACAACUUCAUGACGUUUCUCAUUACUCUUCAGCGCAUCAUUAAUCAUACAGUAGAAAACAGCGACAUAGUAUUCGGAAUGGCCGAGGAUAAAGAGGGGCUUCCUGAGAUCAAAUCUGUCAUGCUUGCUGGUGCUUUCGAUAUGAAGACCCGGUUCCAAUACGCCGCGAUGGUUUCUGCAAUAUACUCCGAGGUUUCCUCUACCUUCGUCCUUCCCGAAGUUGCUCGGCUCACCACCCUGGAACUUCAUGUAGAGAGAACAGAUGCACAGCUUGAGGAAAAGGUAUUAGAGCUGGCUAAGAAUAGAAAGAGUGUUGGACAGCGUGCUGCGAAUCUUGUUGUUCAGGUCAGUGACUACCAGUUGACAUUUGGUUCUGUGACGUUUCAUGUGGUCAAUCUUGUCUGA